AUGGGGAAGAGCAUUAGUGAUGUGGGAGUGGAACACUUGGUUGGAGCAGGCCUGUCAGUUGAGGAGGCAAAAGGGUUCCAAAGGCACCUCAAAGAUUCGAUUUUUAAGGUUAGCAGAAAUAGUGAUAACGGGGAGGAGCCGUUUGACCCCAAGGAACUAUGGAGGGAGCUGACAGCCCAGAAAUUGUUGAAACCAUGGCAUCCACAUGCUCUUCAUCAGCUCAUUUACUAUUCUGUUUAUCAUAACUAUGAUGAGUCCACCAAUGGGCCUCCUAUCUAUUGGUUCCCUUCACUGUACCAGUCUAAAAAUACAAAUUUGGGACGCCUAAUGGAAACUCAUUGUCGGAAGCUUCUGGGAGCACUAUACAAGGACCCAAUUGCAAGUUUUAGACAAUUUCAUAGAUUCUCCGUUGAGCAGCCUGAGGUUUACUGGUCAAUUGUUCUGGGCCAUCUCUCAAUUAAAUUUCUUAAAGCUCCAAAUUGCAUCCUUGAUACUUCAGACAAAUCAAAACAUGCGGGAAAAUGGUUUCCAGGUUCUGUGUUGAAUAUUGCCGAGUGUUGCUUAAUUCCAAGCAGUUGUCCAAAGAAGCAAGAUGACAGUUUAGCUAUAAAAUGGAGAAAUGAAGGAUGUGAUGACUUAGAUGUUAGCCAGAUGACACUAAGAGAGCUUCGAGAACGAGUAAUGUUAGUGGCAAAUGCACUGGCUGCAAAAUUCUCAAAGGGGGAUGCAAUUGCAAUUGACAUGCCAAUGACAGCCACUGCUGUUACCAUAUACCUAGCAAUUGUGCUUGCAGGUUUGGUUGUUGUCUCAAUUGCUGACAGCUUUGCAGCACAGGAGAUCGCAACCCGGUUGCGUGUGUCUAAAGCAAGGGCUGUAUUUACUCAGGAUUUUAUUCUUCGAGGAGGUCGAAGAGUUCCUUUAUACAGUCGAGUGGUGGAAGCUGCUCCUUAUGAAGCUAUUGUAAUUCCUGCAUCUGGAAAGGAGUUAACUGUCCAGUUAAGACGCCAGGAUUUGUCUUGGAAUGAUUUUCUUUCUAGUGUGUGUAACCUUCCAAGUUCAAAUUACUUCACACCAGCUUAUCAACCUAUAGACUCUGUCACCAAUAUCCUAUUUUCAUCAGGAACCACAGGAGAACCAAAAGCUAUUCCAUGGACCCAGCAUUCUCCCAUUAGGUCUGCUGGUGAUACAUGGGCACAUAUUGAUGUUCAAGAAGGAGAUGUUUUCUGCUGGCCCACAAAUUUAGGUUGGGUGGCAGGGCCAAUACUGCUUUACUCAUGCUUUCUGUCUGGCGGAACACUUGCUCUUUAUCAUGGUUCUCCUUUAGGCCGUGGUUUUGGGAAAUUCAUUCAGGAUGCAGGAGUAACUAUAUUGGGUACUGUUCCAAGCUUAGUUAAGACUUGGAAGAGUACAGGGUGUAUGAAUGGCCUAAAUUGGACAAAGAUAAGGACUUUUGCUACCGCUGGAGAAGCUUCAAGCAUAGAUGAUGACCUUUGGCUUUCUUCAAAGGCUUACUACAGUCCCAUUAUUGAAUGCUGUGGAGGCACAGAGCUUGCAUCAGCUUAUAUCCAAGGAAACCCUUUACAACCACAAGCAUUUGCUGCAUUUAGCUCUGCAUCAAUGUCCACAAGUUUUGUCAUCCUGAAUGAAAAUGGGCUUCCUUACCCAGAUGAUCAAGCAUGCGUUGGUGAAGUGGGUUUAUUUCCUCUCUACAUGGGAGCAACUAAUAGAUUGUUGAAUGCUGAUCAUGAGGAGGUGUAUUUCAAGGGCAUGCCAUUAUACAAAGGAAUGCAACUUAGGCGACAUGGUGACAUCGUCAAACGUACUAUUGGAGGGUUUCUCAUUGUACAAGGCCGGGCUGAUGAUACCAUGAAUCUGGGGGGGAUAAAGACUAGUUCAGUUGAGGUUGAGCGUGUAUGUAACCAAGCUCAUGAUGGUAUCUUGGAAACUGCUGCAGUCAGUAGUCCACCUCCAAAUGGUGGCCCAGAGAUGUUAGCUGUAUUUGUUGUGCUAAAGGAAGGAAUCAGUGCUGACCCUGAUUUGCUGAAGAUGAAAUUCUCAAGAGCCAUACAGAGCAGCCUCAACCCUUUAUUUAAGCACCUAACCAUUGGAGUACACAUGCUAGACAAGGACUAAUGUAGGGUGUAUGAAGAAAAUCACAAAGAACCUUAGUCACAGCAAUGACUUUUUCUUUUUUCCCCCUUUUUUAAGAACAAAGGAUCUGAAUCCAUCACUGUGUCAGUGAUGGAGCUAGUUCGAAGUUCUGACUUCUCCAAACCCCUGAAGUUGAAAUGAAUGACAACCUUGGGAUAGAGUGCAUAAGCUUUACCAUGACACUAGAAAAACAUAUUCCUAGGAUAGAGUCAAUUGCAGUUUGAAGUGGAUGCCAGGUAAAUGACAUAUUGCAUGCUUGCAAGUCCAAAAGUAGUUUGUGCAUGAUCCGGUGUAGAAAGAGGGUGUCACUGCAAGUACUUUUUGCAACAUCAGAGGAUAGGUAGAAUUGUUCUGGCCUUGCACUUUACUGCUGAACUUAUAACUUAAUUGCUAUGGAUAAUUUUCCAUACCAAGUGCCUGCAAUACUCCAUACUUGGUGAUCAUGAAUCUGGAUGAGCAACAUACUAUAUGGAAGUUUUAUGAGUCAAGUUAUACUUUAGCAUCAUCUCCCUUGGUUAGUCAAACUUAUUUUGCACAAUGGAUUUUAAUGUUUCUGUGCAAGUGCAGAUGUGUUACUGUGAAGUGCAUUAAAUUUGUGCACUGCAAGAAAACAUUCAGUAGAAGUGGGAUGACAUGGGAUGAUCAAUCUAUUCUCUAAUCUUCUCUUUUUCUUCCCUGUUGAAAGUGAACCAGAGUCACUGAUAAAGUCACAUUGCACUAAGCUUGGGUUGAUUGGUACAGGUAUCUGAUUUCUGAUCUAACUCA